AUGGUUUUGUAUGUUCUUUCGUUCAUCGUUCUGAUAUGUGCCGCUUUCAUGCUUAGUGCAUCAGCAGAGCAUUACUUAGGCAAUGAACGUACAACCUCUCCAGGGAUCACAUUUGUACUGCCUUCUUCACAGCCAAAAGAUACAGAAUUAAUCAUGUUCAAGCGUUCAAGCAUACCUUUGGUUAUGCAUGAUAAAGCACCCCCGAAGAAAUCAGCGAAUCUUGAAGUGGAGUCCAGUUCAAGUAAUCCUGACAAUAAUAACAACAAUAAUAAUAAUGAAGGAAGCUCAAAAGGUACAAAAAAGAAAGGCAAGAAUAAGCAAAUUGCAAGAGCUGCUUAUGAUCAAAGAACUCAUCGAGUUACGAACGACAUAGUAACAUAUCGACGCAAGCCAAAGCAAGUUAAACCAGGAUUUCAGGAUUUUGAAUAUCACGAUUUCGGAGCACUCGGUUCAAUGCUUGUGUUGGAUGGUGGUUCAGAUCACCCUCAGCCAAGUGCAUCAAAGCCGACGAAAAAAGGCAAGAAAAAGCAGAACUCUUCUUCUUCUUCAACUUCUGCUCCUAAGUGA